AUGAGUGGUUUACGCAAUACUAUGAAGAGUGGCUGGCACCCUGAAGGCAAGGAAGGUGGAAAAGAGAGCUGGCGUGGUGAUUUUAAAGGCAUCAACCAAGUGGCUGGGUGGAUGGGAAAGGGUAAGGAAGGUGAAUCCUCGGGCACAGGCUCAAAACAGACAUCCGAACCCAAAGGGGGUAUCAGAAGUUCUGUAUCUGAGUGGAUGAAAAAGGGCAAGGAAGACGACUCCAACCGCUCUGACCAUGUCUCACGGCCAUUGUCAUCUCUCAAGGACCCAUCUUCCUUUGGACCCCCUCCCAAACAUAUCAAUUACCAUGGAGCAGCUGCGGUGCCAAAUCAAACAACACCCGACCGACGGGGCCUAGGAGCUUCGCUAUCCCAGGAUCAGAUUAACGCCCAGAAAAUUCAUCGACAGCAAGCAACCGAAGCAGAGGAGAAACAGCUUCCAAUGCCCGCCCCGCCUCAGGUACCGUAUCGCGUCGACACAAGCGGCUUAUCUACAGACAAUAUCCCUCCUCCACCAGUGCGGCGACUGGACUCGGCAAGUUCCGCCUCAACAAGCUCGAUCUCAAAGGAAAAGCCGCCAAAACCCCCGCCACGACUUCCCGCCCGUAAUGGAUCCCCCAGCUCCGACCCGCCCCCCGUUUAUUCUUCCGCACCGGUACUCUCCCACGAUUAUAUCAAUCAAGAUGCUAUAUCGCGCCUAGCAAACGCGGGCGUCUCGGUUCCUGGAUUGGGGAUUGGUCGGGGGAGAUCUUCGUCACCUGCACAUACACCUGUGAAUGAGUUACAGUCACGCUUCUCCCAAAUUGCUACCUCGAGAUCUCCGUCGACAUCCACCCCGCCUGCUCAGGCACCGAUGAACAUUGAAUCGCAGUUUGCGAGCAGCAUUUCUUCUAUCCACAACUUCAACGAGCGCCAUGCCGACUCCAUCGAAUCGGGAAAACAGAAAUAUGGUGACAUUCGCGAGCGCCAUGCAUCUACCAUCGACUCAGGGAAACAGAAGUUUGGCGAUUUCCGUGAGCGCCACGCGGACUCGAUCGAUUCAGGCAAACAGAAGUUGAGUGACUAUGCAUUGCAGCUCACUAGUUCCUCUCCAGCAGCGCCUAGCCCACCGGCCCGGCCCGCGUCGAACACUACUUCCAGUGUGAACUCAGAACCGGCGGAGCCCGCGCGGGGCACAUCCUCUGUGCAAGGUUUCCGCGAGCGCCAUGCGGACAAGAUCGACAUGGGUAAAGAGAAAUGGAGUGGAGUCACAUCGCGCUUCAACACAUUUGUGGAGGACCGCAAAUUCUCCGCCGAAGCCAACAAACGGAUUCCACGCCCACUCCCACCUUCUCGUCCCUUCUCCGUGGCCCAGUCGAACUCUGCAGCGGUUUCACCCGUGGAGUCCGAUCUCCAGACUCAAGCCCAGCACAAGAAGGCCUCUCCGGCACCUCCGCCCAAGCGGGCCGAAUUUCGUGCCUCCCCUGUUGACGCUUUAUCACCAUCAGCUCCGGGGCCUCCUCCCAUUCCCCAUAGCACCAAGCCCCGCUAA